GGGUAAAUGCGGAUUGACAGAAGAAUCUAACCCGGAAGCUGGCCUGGAAGAAAGAAGAUGCUUAUGUUGAUAGCUAGCUAGCUUAGUUUGGAAGUGUCUGAAAUGUGUCUGAUAUCAUUUGAUGUCGUUUAAAUUAGACUUGGAUUUAGCCCAACUCGGACUAUAUACGUGGAGCUAGCGAUAUUUUCAACGACCAUUUCAUAUAGUUUUGCUAUCUGGUCGAGGAAAGUAAAUGAUCUAGCUACCGUUGGCCUAGCUAGGUAGCUAUCUGAGUUGUAUGGAAGCUAAUGUGACCUCGUGGUGAACUGUCGGGGAUUUGAGAAGAAUCUGCUUUAGUUUAAUUCAGUGACCCAACUCUUCAUAGGAAAGUAUUUCUGAAGAAUUCACGAUGGAUGAGGAUUCUGCUGACCCAUCCAACCCCCCUCUCUCCUGCUCCACUGAACCCAACCCUCCAGAGUCACUGGUUCCUGACUCUAACCACAGAGACAUCAACAACUGCAGUGAAAUACCCAGAUUUAACAUUGUAGUCAAGGAGGAGGAGGAGGAAGACUGGGACGUGGAUAAUACUGUCGAACGAGGAGCGAGUUCUAACUCCAGCUCUAGUGAUGGGGCACCAGCAGAACCUGAACAGCACCAGGAGAAUCCUAGACCUAAGAAGUUUUGGCGCUGCCCAGAAUGUGGAAUAGAGAUCGCUCACCCAUCUAAUUUCAACAGACACCUGAGAACACACACAAACCUUGCUAAGGAGUCUUCCGUCUGUCCAAUAUGUGGGAAAGAUUUUGUUCACCCCUCCAAACUGAAGAGACAUUUCCGAACACAUACAGGAGAGAAGCCUUACCAGUGCUCUGUGUGCGGGAAGCAAUUCACACUAAAGCCCCACCUGGAAAGACAUCAGAUGACCCACCCUGCAGAGAAACAGCCAGACGCGACAAAGAAGCACCCGUGCUCCGAUUGUGGAAAGGAAUGUUUCUCUGCAUAUGAACUGAAGAUGCACAUGAGAAAGCACACAGGGGAGAGACCUCACCAGUGCUCCUACUGCGAGAUGAGCUUUGGCUGUAAGGGAACUCUAUCGAGACACGUACGACGCCAUACAGGAGCACCCACACCGAAACCUUUGCUCACAGUGUGGGAAGAGAUUCACCGUCGAGGCUCAGGCAGCAUCAGACUGCGCACACUGGAGAGAAACCUCCGAGUGCUCUGA